AGUUCUAUGUAGAUAUGAUAGACAAAAAUAAGAGUUGCCGAGGGGCAACCGAACGCAGUUGGAUAGAAGCAACAUUUCAGAAGAGGGAAUGUUCAAAAUUUAUUCCAAGUGCUAAGGAUGAGCACAGGUUUUUCCAAGUACAGGGAGAUAAGAAUGCAGAGUAUGAUGUGAUCACCACUUCCAGAUGUUGUUGUGGGUAUUCUUAUACGUAUCACUGCAGAACUGGUGCAGACGUUCAAAGCUAUACCGCUAGUAAUACCAAAGAAAAGGAUCGAGAGCAAUGGUCUCCCGGUAAAAAUACGCGACCGUUUCCAACCGAUGCGUAUGGUACCAUUGAGUUUCAAGGUGGACCACAUCCAACAAAAGCACAGGUAACAGAUAAACACCAAUCGCAUUCAAGUAUAAUACAAUCAUACUUGGGAUUACCCAAGUUACUUAUCACUGUACAUGGAGGUCGUUCUAAUUUUGAACUACAGUCUAGUUUAAAGAAGGUCUUGAGGAAAGGCUUAUUAAAGGCUGCGAAAACAACCGGUGCAUGGAUAUUCACUGGAGGAACUAAUACAGGUGUUACAAGGCAAGUGGGUGAUGCGCUACUUUUAGAGAGGUCUCAAAGACAGGGGCGGGUUGUGAGCAUAGGCGUAGCACCAUGGGGAAUUUUAGACAAAAGCCAUGAACUUGUGGGCCGCGGAGGUGAAGUACCGUACGACUGUCUCUCGUCUCCGUGGUCCAAAUAUGCGGUUCUAAAUAAUCGACAUGCGUAUUUUUUAUUGGUGGAUAACGGCACCGGCGGUCGAUAUGGCGCGGAAAUUGUAUUGCGCAGGAAACUAGAAAAAUAUAUUUCCAAUUUGAAACUGCAGCCAUAUACGCAUAGCAGUAUCCCUGUUGUUGCGCUGGUCAUCGAAGGAGGAACGAACACGAUACGUUCAGUUUUAGAGUAUGUCACAGACGAUCCUCCGGUCCCUGUGGUAGUUUGCGACGGCUCGGGCCGUGCAGCUGAUCUGAUCGCUUUUAUGCACAAGUACGCGUCCGAGGGAGAUGGCGAGAGUGGAGAAAACGAGGGACCAUUAGAAAGUAUGAGAGAACACCUUUUGGAUACAAUCAAGCGCACUUUUAAAGUUUCUGCUGAACAGGCGUGCCAAUUGUAUUUGGAACUUUUACAGUGUACACGUAAAAAGCAUUUGAUAACAGUGUUCAGGAUAACUCAGGAUCGACCCCAGGAGCUCGAUCAAACGAUUCUGACAGCUUUGUUCAAAUCCAAACAACUGUCUCCAGCUGAACAGUUGUCUUUAUCAUUAAUCUGGAAUAGAGUAGAUAUAGCACGCAGUGAAAUAUUCGUUUACGGUCAGAAAUGGCCGACAGGUGCGCUGGAACAGGCAAUGAUGCAGGCUCUGCAGCAUGAUAGGAUUGACUUCGUGAAGCUCCUUCUGGAGAACGGUGUCUCCAUGCGAAAAUUCUUGUCCAUACCUCGUAUCGAAGAACUAUACAAUACCAAAGAAGGCCCUUCAAAUACAUUGGGCUAUAUUCUGCGCGAUGUAAGACCGAAUAUUCCACGCGGUUAUAUGUACACGUUGCACGAUAUUGGCUUGGUGAUAAACAAAUUAAUGGGUGGAGCGUAUCGUUCCCAGUACACUCGCAGAAGGUUCCGAGUGAUCUAUACCAAAGUGAUGAAGAGAUCGGGUGUACAUCAGCAACACAUGCACCGGAACAGUUGUGCGUGGGGUAGUGUUAAUCGAUAUUAUUCAGGCUCUGGUAGUAAACAGGAAAACUCAACGAUAAGUCUGCUCGCAGAAACUUUGCCAGCGAAUCGUGAUACUCCUUUCUUCGAUUAUCCCUUCAAUGAACUGCUUAUUUGGGCCGUAUUAACGAAACGUCAACAAAUGGCGUUACUGAUGUGGCAGCAUGGAGAAGAGGCAUUAGCAAAAGCGCUUGUCGCCCUUAAGCUGUACAAGGCUAUGGCCCAUGAAGCUGCUGAGGAUGAUCUUGAAACCGAAAUCUACGAGGAAUUACGAAGUUACGGAAAGGAAUUUGAAAAUAUUGCGUUGGAAUUGUUGGACUAUUGUUAUCGCCAGGAUGAUGAUCAAACACAACAGCUCCUAACUUCCGAACUUCAAAAUUGGUCUGGUCAAACCUGUCUCUCCCUAGCUGUUACAGCGAAUCAUCGUCCUCUGUUGGCACAUCCCUGCAGUCAAAUUAUUUUAGCUGAUUUGUGGAUGGGUGGUCUUCGAACAAGGAAAAAUACAAAUUUAAAGGUUGUUCUCGGUCUGCUUUGUCCCUUGUACAUAACCCGUUUGGAAUUCAAAAGUCGCGAAGAGUUACAACUGAUGCCGCAGACUCAAGAAGAACAUUUGAUUGCCCUCGAAGAUGAAAAAGAAGACAGCGAUUCUGAGCACGGCAUGCCAACCGGUCCGGAUGUCGAGGUAAUUCUUCACACCACAGCUGUAGCGAAAGAAACGAUAGUCCAAGAGAAUGGGAAAGUACUCACAGAUGACAAUGAUGACGGUAUUCAGCGUGCUUAUGGUAUUCAAAACGACUAUUACGAUAUUAAGAAUAGCAGGCCAUUGCGACUAAGGAAGAAGUUGUAUGAAUUUUAUACGGCUCCAAUCACAAAAUUUUGGGCAAACGCGAUAGCGUAUGUUAUUUUUUUGGUUCUCUUCUCUUAUUCUAUUCUCAUACAUAUGCAACACCAACCAUCGUUGGCAGAGAUUUAUGCGAUCGCGUACAUUUGCACGCUAGGAUGCGAGAAGGUACGUGAAAUUGCUACAUCAGAACCAGCCACACUUUCACAUAAAUUUAGCGUGUGGGCGUGGAACAUGUGGAAUCCCUGCGAUGCAGCUUCCAUCAUUUUUUUUCAAAUUGGCCUGGCCUUACGCUUAAGACAUUCUACCCUCGAUGUCGGUCGCGUGAUCUAUUGCGUGGACUGUAUUUACUGGUACUUACGGAUACUCAACAUACUUGGCGUAAACAAGUAUUUUGGUCCUUUGGUCACCAUGAUGGGGAAGAUGGUGAAAAACAUGAUAUACUUUGUGGUGCUGUUGUUGGUCGUGUUAAUGAGCUUCGGCGUGACGCGCCAGGCUAUUUUGAAUCCUAACGCUGAACCUAAAUUAAAAAUCAUUCGAGACAUAUUUAUGGAGCCAUACUUUAUGUUGUACGGAGAGGUGUACGCAGACAACAUUGAUCCGGAUUGCGGGGACGAGCCAGGAAUGAUACCGUGUCUUCCAGGUCGUUGGAUCACGCCCGUUGUAAUGUCAAUUUAUCUCUUAAUCGCAAAUAUUCUGAUGAUAAACCUUCUGAUCGCGGUAUUUAAUAAUAUUUUCAACGAGGUAAACGCGGUAGCGCACCAAGUAUGGAUGUUCCAACGUUUUACCGUUGUCAUGGAGUACGAACAGAAACCAGUUUUACCUCCUCCGCUCAUUGUAGUUUGUCACAUAUAUCUGCUGGUCAAGUAUUUGCUGCGAUAUGUGACUCAAGGGAAAGCCAGCACUGGUGAAACAUACGACAACGGACUUAAGUUGUUCCUAGAAGCCGACGACAUGGAACGUCUAUACGACUUUGAAGAGGACUGUGUCGAGGGAUACUUUCGCGAGCAAGAGCUGAAACUGCAAAUGUCCACGGAGGAACGUGUUAAAGUAACAACCGAGAGGGUGGAGAAUAUGCAUCAGAAAAUAGAGGACAUUGAUAAGAAGGAGCACACGCAAAACGCGUCGCUUCAGGCAGUGGAGUUCCGAAUUCGUAAGCUGGAGGAGCUAACCGAGCAGACUCUGGCCCAUCUAGGCGUGAUCCACCGGUUCAUGGCGACGCACAUGCCCAACAUGGAAACGUUAUCCAGUCUCGACGUAGAAGGCCGUCAGCGUAGAGUGUCUGAACGUUCAGAGGUCCUCUCGGAAACAGACUCGCAUACGCAGCUACCUACAAUAGCGGCGAAACGUAAGAGACUCGUACGAUCGCUGACCGACGGUACGUUUCUCAAUAUUGCUCCGCCGUUGGACGACGAACUACUGGUGGCGAAACACUCGGAGACGUUUGCGUCCCGCGAGAACCUCAGUGGGAACGACUCCUCUCUUAGCGGAGAGGGACAGACUGCUCAAGACGACGCGAAGACGACGACAACAAGUCAAGAAACUGAAGCGAGCAAAAGAGGAGGCGAAGAAGACGAAGGGGAAACAGUGAAGAAAGAGUCGUCGCAGUCUGACAGUAGGGAGCCUAGCGCGGAGCCGAGUGUAGGACAAAGCAUAGAUGCUAGUAGCAGAGAACCAAGCUCGGAUCCUAGUAGACAAACAAGCAGGGAGUUGAGUAGAGAGACAAGCAGGGACGCAACGAGCAGAGACGCAACCAGCAAGGAACCGAGCAGAGAAGCAAGCAGCGAAGCGCCUGCUUCGGAGCCAGUUAGACAAGACUCGACGGAAUGUUCUGCGAGGCAGAAUAGCAACAGGACACGAUCAGAGUCGGACGACGUAAUGAUAGUUCCUUCAUCCGGCAUUGCCAGAGGCGUCACCUGGGCAGAACCACGCGUUGCAGUGAUUCCAUCGGUAUCGUCGACCAGCAGUACCCAGAGAUCAAUUCUACUGGCUAUGCGUGCAGAAUAUACAAGUAUAACGGACGAAUUGGAAAGUUAUUGCGGUCUUCUCAGCCCACCCAGAACGCCGCCAAUUUCUCCGCCACCGUCUCGAGUCAGACACCACUCGGAAAUGUCGAAUGCAGAGAUGGCGUGGCAAAUCGAGAAUGAACAUUUACGGGACGCCGAGGAGUGUGAUUAUCAGCAAAUGGAAGAUCUGAUACAGAGAAGGUACAUCGGAGACGACAACGACGACGACGACAACAACGACGAUGAAGCUGUGCACACAGCCUCGGACGAGGCCAUUGGAGGCGUCAGCGGGCCAUUCUUCGUAUCAAACGAACACAGGCACCAGCUUCGCAGAGCCUCCGCCAUUGACGAAGAGUCGUCCCGGAGGCCACCGCCUACCAUCAGUGUCACGCGUGAAAUCGAACAGACGCUUUCUCGGCCGCCGAUUCGGGAUUCCGAGAAUUCCGACCCGAAUGACAAAAAUUUAAGUACCGUGCCUGCUCCAGCUUCGGAGACCAUGUGCUAA